AUGGAUAAGCUCAAGUCAGUUGCGAUAUCCUUGGCUUUGGCCUCUGUCGUGGACGCAGGUGCUAUCCACCAGAGAGCUACCCCUACCCAGCCCAAUUGGUUCCAGACAUCCCCGGAUCUUUAUGCAGGUACUACGGCCACUGGUGCUGCGCCUUUUCUUGCUGAGAUCAACCCUGCUCCGUUCGGAGAGGCGACUUAUGUACCAAAUGCUCCAUUGGAAACAUCUGAGCCCAUUCAGGGUGCGAAUGGACGGAAUAUUUUCCACCUAAUGGGAGAUUUGAGUCCAUACUUCUCACCAUCAGAGGGAUUCGGCGUGGAGGAGUACCCUUUGCCUCUGGGGUCCAACAUCACGCAUAUGCACAUGCUUCAGCGCCAUGGUUCUAGGUACCCUUCUUCCUCCGAAGGCCUAGAUUCGUGGGCUGCAGGGAUUGUGAAAAAGAAAGGAGUCUUCAAGGGCAAGCUCGAGUUUUUGAAUGACUGGUCCUAUAAACUAGGCAAGGAAAUCCUUGUGCCAAAGGGUCGCCAGGAAUUAUUCGAUAGCGGCAUCUUGAACUUCUAUAACUACGGUCAUCUCUACAACAACAGCUCUUCCAAGUUAGUUGUCCGCACAACCUUGCAGUCUCGUAUGCUGGAGAGCUGUGAGAACUUCCUUGCUGGAUUCUUUGGCCUUGAAUGGAGGAAUCAUGCCAAUAUCCUGGCGACAAUUGAUCCAGCUACCACUGGUGACAUUUCGUGUACUAAGGAGGCUGAGACAAUGGUGGAAACUGUCGAGGUUCCCGUUGCUACUUGGAUGGCGAAAUACCUGAAGGAUCGAACUGCUGAGCUGAGACGUUUGACCGGAAGUUAUAACUGGACCGUGACCGAUACUUACCAUGCACAAGCUCUCUGCCCCUAUGAGACUAUCAGUGUUGGUUAUAGCGACUUCUGCCAGUUAUUUACCUAUGAAGAUUGGGUGAACUUUGCGUAUCUUAUGGAUAUUGAAUUCGCAGGCUAUUCCGGUUUUCAGAGCCCUACGGGCCGUGCCCAGGGCAUUGCCUGGGUGGAAGAGUUCCUGGCUCGUGUUGAGGGUCACUAUCUUGAUGUGCCUGCUAACACCACUGGAGCCAAUAUGACUCUGGACACAAACCCUGUCACAUUCCCAUUAGAUCAGAAUCUCUACUUCGAGUUCACACACGACGCAAAUAUUGUUUCUGUUUUGACGGCCUUCGGAUUAACCCAGUUUCGUGAUUACCUGCCGCUCACUGGCCCACCAAAGGAUCAGCAAUUUCACACUAGCAGAAUUGUUCCUUUUGCGGGUCGUUUGAACAUCGAAAUCAUCAAAGCACCGCAUGAGGUCUCCAAGAAGCGCUCCUCCAAGAUCUCCAAGAAGGAUUACAUCGCCGGCACCGGUGAGACACAGUAUGUCCACUUCAUCCUGAACCAACGCACACUUCCGCUGCAUUCUAGCUUUGAGGAAUGUGAGUAUCGUGAAGACGGCUGGUGCAAGCUUUCUACCUUCCUCAAGAUACAGCAGAAGAGUCUCUCCGAUGCUGAAUAUCAGUAUGCUUGCUUUGGCAACUGGACCGUGAAGUCAUGGGGCGCUGUGAGAAACGGUGUUCCUGCAUAG